CCAAUAUUUCUCCCUCUUUCACUCUCUUUCUACUUGGCCUAGGUUAUCUCUACAUCUCUCUCUUUCUCUCUCCAAUGGCUGUUACCUUCGCAGAUCUGCACACAGAAGCCGGCCUAAAGGCCCUCGACGCCUUCCUCUCUGGAAAAUCAUACAUCUCUGGGAGUCAAUUGACUAAAGACGAUGUUAAAGUUUAUGCUUCCGUUUCGGGGAAGCCUAGUGCUGAUCUCUACCCUAAUGCCUCCAAGUGGUACGAAGCUGUUUCCGCAAAGCUAGCAUCGAGCUUUCCUGGAAAAGCUGUUGGAGUAAGUAUCGGAGGUCCAGCUGCAGUGUCAGCUGUUGAAGCGAAGGAGGAUGCUGCCGAUGAUGAUGACGAUCUUGAUUUAUUUGGCGAUGAGACCGAGGAGGAAAAGAAGGCUGCCGAAGCAAGAGAAGCAGCCAAGGCGCCUGCUAAGAAGAAAGAAAGUGGUAAGUCAUCUGUUCUCAUGGAUAUUAAGCCCUGGGAUGAUGAGACCGACAUGAAGAAGCUUGAAGAGAGUGUUCGAAGCGUUGAGUUGCCAGGACUCUUAUGGGGAGCAUCCAAAUUGGUUGCAGUUGGUUAUGGAAUUAAGAAGCUCCAAAUCAUGCUUACCAUUGUUGAUGAUCUUGUCUCUGUUGACACUAUGAUAGAGGAGGUACUCACCGUGGAACCUCACAACGAAUACAUCCAAAGUUGCGACAUUGUUGCCUUCAACAAGAUUUAAAGUUGCGAUGUCUGAGCCUUUGUCCGGCUAUAAUUUUGUUAUUCACUAGAACUUUUGCUUGUUUUGGUUUAUACCACCUUUAUUGUUACCAAGGGAAGAGGAAAGGAUUUUUAAGACACUGUUUGCGGAUUUGAUUUGGUGGUGUUUGAUGAAAUUUGCUGUUUUUAUAA